GCUGAACGUCUCAUUUCUUUCCGAAAUAGAGAGGUGUCCAGCAGAGUCUAGGUGUGAUGCAUCAUAGCCAUGCAGUUCGAGGAUGACCCUUUCAGUCUUGGCAAUGAUGAGAUUCAGCUCCCUAUUCUCGAUAGCUGCUUUUCUGCAGACCUCGACGAUGUUCCUUGCGAACUGCUGGAUCUUGCCCUCCAGUUCCUGCGGCUUGUUUUGCAUGAUGGAUACGAGGGAGGCCCAAUCGCUGAAAGAGAGAUUCUCAAUCAGGAACGGUACCUGUCCAAGUGUAGCUUCGUAGACCUGCAGGAGAACGUCUGCAGGAAUGGCGAGCAUGGCUAUUUGGCAGUGUACGCUUGGCGGCUGCAGUGCUGCGAAGGGUCUGAUUGCGGCAGCGAGUUCCGGGUGCCAGCCCAUGAGGAUGCUGUCUUCAUCCUGCACAUGUUCCGUUACGAGGAUGUCGCUCGGGAGACGGUGGUAGUGGUGGAGCUUUAUCAUCUGCGUGAUGCGCAGUUCGGUGUGGGGGGAGUGGGGGGUUGGGGGUUAGUGUCGGAAGGUCGGAAUAGCACGCGGACAUAUGAUGCGAGCGUGAAUGGCCGUAUCUCAUUGCGUGUACGAGCAAGGUUCGGUUAUCUACAGAGGUCGUUGAUCACUCUCGGUUUUGAGUUGGAGAGGUUCGGGGAGGGGGUGUCCUUUGAGGCGGAUAUUGGAGGUGAUAGUCACGAGCAGGAGGGCGAUGAGCUAGAUCUGGCUAGGUGGAUUUUGCUGCUUUGCCCGUGUUCAUAUGCGGUGAGCGUCAUGGAUGUCAUCACUACGUGCGUGGGUGAGGUGCAUGGAAAACCGGUUGAGGUGCAGGAGCUGCGCCAUCGUUGCGGUGAUGGCGGUGGUAGGGAUUUUCGGUAUAGCAGGAGGGUGAAUAGUGAUGUUUUUCGUCAUUAUCGUGUUACGGCGGAUGGACGUUUGGUUAUGAAGUUGUGCAUGGGGUUAGGUUAUAUGGAAGGCUUGCUUUGUGAGGUGACUGUGUUUGUGACCAAGUCGUUGGAUGAUAUUCCGGACACGGUUCCAGACGGGGGGGUUGACGUGGUGGCGAAUAUGGUGGGUCUAUUGACAAGUGAUCUGUUGCAGGAGCAUGCCGAUAAUCAAAUCGAUUUCGUUGAGUGGGAGGCGGUUUUGGAGGCGCCAUUGGUUGGGCGUCGGUAUAUGACUGCUGUCUUGAGUACCGACGAUGGAUAUGAUUGAUGAGGUGUAUGCAUGCGGGGUCGUUUUUCGGUCAGUGGGGAGUUGAGUGUGUGCUUGGUGAGGUCUAAGUGCGGUGGCGGCGUGCCUCAGUUGGAAAUCUGCAUGUGCAUCUAUUGAGUAAGAUGUCGCUAGCGUGUUAUUACUUGAUGUAACAUGUGUCUACGUGGAGUUGGAGGUAGUAAAAGUGCUUAUUGGAA